CCAAUGAAACGACGCAACCUUUCACUUACAGUUGUAUUUUCCCACCUUUCAAUAUAAGUACCUCACUUACCAUACUUGACUAAUCGUAUUACUCUGAACUGAAGCAAAAUUGAGAUGGCAACAUUCAAAGACGAAAAAGAAGAAGAAGAAGCUCCCAUGCACGUAGACAUCUUAGAGGCCAUAUUCUCACACGUGCCACUCAUCCACCUCGUGCCAGCCUCUCACGUGUCGAAUUCCUGGAAGCGUGCGGUCUCCACCUCCCUCCGCCACGUCAAGCCCGCCAAGCCCUGGCUCACCGUGCACACCCAGAGCCCCCGUGCCCCGCACGUGACCACCACCUACGCCUACGACCCGCGCUCGCGAGAAUGGUUCCAAAUCCACGCGCCGAGUCCCAACCACACCACCGCCCUCCGCUCGUCGCACUCCACGCUCCUCUACACGCUCUCCCCCAGAGAAUUCACCUUCUCUCUCGACCCUCUCAAGCUCGCCUGGCACCACGCCCGCCCACCGCGCGUGUGGCGCACCGACCCCACCGUCGCGCGCGUGGGAACCAAAAUCAUCCUCGCCGGCGGCGCGUGUGACUUCGAGGACGAUCCCCUUGCGGUGGAGGCGUACGACACGGAGUCACACGCCUGGCUCCGGUGCGAGCCCAUGCCGGGGAUUCUCAAAGGCUCAACCGCCUCCACGUGGCUCACCGUCGCCGUCGCCGGAGACAAGAUGCACGUGACGGAGAAAAACUCCGGCGUGACGUGCUCGUUCGACUGCGGCACGAUGACGUGGCAGGGACCGUUCAACUUACGUCCUGAUCAGAGCGUUUUCCACUGCGUAACGGGAACGAUACGCGGUCGUUUAAUGGUGGCGGGUUUAGUGGGGGACGCGGAGAACGUGAAGGAGGUUAAGUUGUGGGAAGUGAAAGGAGGGUUAGGGUUAGGGUUAGGGUUUGAGGAAAUAGGAGCGGUUCCGAAGGAGAUGGUGGUGAAGUUAGUAAUGGGUGAAGGGGAUUGUUGCUGUUGUUGGGGUGUGGCGGGGUCCAUUGAGGUGAAUUGGAUUGGGGAUUAUGUGUAUUUUCAGAACCGGAUGGAACCGGAGGAGAUGGUAGUGUGUGAGGUUGUGAAUGGAAGGUGCGAGUGGGGGAGCGUGAGGAAUGUGACGGUGAAUGAUGUGAGUCGCAUGGGGAGAAUGGUGUUUUCUGGUGGCCAUGUGGGGCUUGAGGAUUUGAAGAGGGCGGUUAAGGAUAAUUGUAUGUUUGUGGAGAAAAAGUAACCAGAGUUUUAUUUUUUUAAGGAAGAUGAUGAGGAACAUUUUCAUGCUUUCUCAAGCACCCAGAAGAGAUGUUAUGAUCAAGCAAACUCUAAAUCAAACGCAAUCUGAGUUUUCAUACUUUAAUGGAAUAUUUAACAAGUAUAUAUAUUUUAUCUCAUUUUGUUUUGUGUAAUUGAAAGUUAUAUGAAACUUUUUAUUGAAUCAAUUUAUUUUGAUA